UUUCAACUCCUAGUUCCUCACCCCCCACCUCUUUCUAAAUCUCUCCCUCUCUCUCUCUCUCUCUUUCUCUCUCUGUGAAUCGCCGUCCGUCACUCACUCCGAUGGAAAGGAGUCAAAGAUCGGAAUCCGCCGGAGAACCCGAAGACCUGUCGCCGCCGGUGACGGCCCACCACCUGACGACGCCGCCGGGGCUGACCCCCGGCGAGUUCGCCGAGCUCGUCCCCUCGGUGGUCGAGCACCACACCUACGAGCUCGGGCCGGGGAAGUGCUCCUCCCUCCUGGGCCAGCGCGUGCGGGCCCCACGCGCCGCCGUCUGGUCCGUGGUGCGCCGCUUCGAGAAGCCCCAGGUGUACAAGCACUUCAUCAAGAACUGCGCGGUGGGGCCCGGCUUCGAGCUCGCCGCGGGGGCCACGCGCUACGUCGACGUCAUCUCCGGCCUCCCGGCGUCCACCAGCGAGGAGCGGCUGGACGUGCUGGACGACGAGCGGUUCGUCACGGGGUUCACCAUCAUCGGCGGGGAGCACCGGCUGCGGAACUACCGGUCGGUGACGACGGUGCACGAGGUGGCGCGUGAGGAGGGCGGGAUCUGGAGCGUCGUCCUCGAGUCCUACGUCGUGGACGUGCCGGAGGGGAACACCGAGGAGGACACCCGCCUCUUCGCCGACACCGUGGUGAAGCUGAACCUGCAGAAGCUGGCCUCCGUCGCCGAAGGGCUGGUGGCCCGCGACGGUGAGGGCCAAUAGCACCAACUCCCUCCUCCUGCUCCUCUCUUACUUGAAAUUUCCCAUUUUGAUUUCCUCUUUCUACGAAUCCGAAGGGGUUCUUGAUUUGCGAAUUAUCUGGAGUCAAAACAAAACCAAAAAUGGUUCUUUUUUUUGGGGAUGGUUUUGGGAAACCGGGGGACUGCUUGGACAAAUCAAUGGAAAAAUGUGGAGGGCAUUUUCGGUUGAUCUUGCUGCAAUCUUUGCCGUUGUUGUGUUCUGUCCGCUUGAAGAUCUCGUUCUCCGUUCUUCUUGCUGCCCUUUUGUCUGUUUUCUUGCUAAUAAUGGCCGGUGCUGUUCCAUGUUUUCCUCCUCUUUUUUGCCACUUGCAAUGCCAAUUUGGCAAAACGGAAAAAGGAGGAUAAGGAAACGUUAUAAUUUUUUGCAGGCACUGUCGUCUUGUCCAUUAAAAUUUGGCCCGGUAAAAGGUAAAAUUUUUCGCU